AUGGCCAUGGCGGCGGCCAGAUCCACCCCCUCCCCUGCUCCGUUCCCUCGAUGCCCGACGGUGGGGUUAGCCAAUGUUGGCAAAUCAACUUUCUUUAACAUAGUAACAAAGGUGGGCUCCCGUGCUGGCAACUCCAGAAGAUCAAGGCUGAGAAGGACCCCAACAAGCCCACGCGCCCCCGAGUGCUUUCUUCAUCUUCAUCUGAGUCCCAGUCUUGGUUCCUGGGACAACUUCAGGAAGGAGUACAAGGAGAAGCACCCCGACGUCAAGCAGGUCUCCGUGAUUGGCAAGGCCGGUGGUGAGAAGUGGAAGUCCAUGAGUGAUGCUCAGGUGCUCUGCUCUUGCACACGUCUGGCACCGUCUCCGGCAUGGUGGUGCUUCUUGAGGCGACUGGCGUGAUGGCGGCUGUGUACGGCGGCGACCACAAGCCCUCCGGUGAGUCGGUUCCAUCUUCUAGCCCUAGCUCCUGCUUUUCUGCUCGUAUAGCAUGUUCUGUUGGUUUAGAACACUGGCAACAGUAGCAUACCAUGUAUGCUUACUAAACAGCAGGAGUUCAAUCACCUUGUGUACACUAGCAGCUUGCUUACACAGUUGUCACUUUUGCUUGUGGUAGCCAUUAUGUCGCUGAAUCAUGUCUGUGUGUACUAAUCAUCAGUUAAUAGUAUUUGGCUUCUACGUGAUGGUUUGGGACUAAUUUAUGGUGAUGUGGAUAUACUUUGUGAUUUAAAGUUACUAAUUUAUGGUCUGGUGUCAUAUUAUGGUCUAAUAUUUUUUGUUUUGACUCUUUCUCCGGUGCGAGGAAAGCUGUGAGUAGACGUCGAUGAUGCCUACUGGCUUGGCUGCUACCGUGAUGCAUGCGCCGGUCAAGCAAGCACACAUGCAUAUACGUACAUGUUAGGAUAGUAGCAGAUAUUCCGAAAAUGCAUAGGAGCUCUCGGGUGCUACGCCCCUUAUAUUCAAAAAUAAUUUAGUAAUUCAAAAAAGUCAAAAAAUCCCGGAACUUUUUACGGAAUCAAACAUGACCAGGUAUUGCACUAGUAUAAAAAGAUUUAAAUUGGAAAUCACUUUUAUUGUAUCCGGGGUCAAAGAUUUUACAAAAAAUGCUAGAUACAAGUACUAUUCAUGCUACAUUGUGGUCAUAAAUUUGUUUUUUUUUUUGCCCUGAAGUCAACGAAAAUUAUUCCUUGACCAAACAUUUUAUAUGAGUACAGUACCUAGUCAUAUUUGGUUCAAAAAUAUAUCCAAGAUUUUUUUUGGCUUUUUUUGAAUUAUUAAAUUAUUUUUGAAUAUAGGGGGGUGGAUCACCCAAGUGCUCCUAAUCCGCUUCCCAGAUAUUCCCUCUGUUCCUGCUAUAUUCCUGUGUAAAUGUAUUUCUGAGAUGAUUUUGUUGUGUUAUGUAAACCUGGGAGAUGUGUUAUGUGAUGUGAUAUGAUGGAUGAUUUGAAUU